AUGGAUCCUGGUCUCGAACCUCACCAUCCCUCCGGUUAUUGUGAUCGCCACCCUGAGGAGCAAUUCAUCGGUUAUUGCCCUGAAUGUCUUUACGAAGAGCUCACAGUUCAUGAUGAAAACUCUUCCACCUCCACCCAAGUGGAGUCCCAUGCAACUUCCUCCAUCAUUUCUUCCACCAAAGCUAUUUUUCAACCUUUCACUGCCAUGUGUGGACCCAAUCGACCUUGCUCCUCCUCCUCCUUCCUCCUCAUGCUUCGCCGCACAAAGUCUUUAUUUGGCACCUUCAAAUCGCAAAGAAAAUCCAACAACUUUCCAACCCACAACACCUUAUUGUCUCUCUUCAACCAAGAUGAUGAAUACAAAAUUCCCAGAGAGGAACCAGAAGUUGAAAUGCUUAAUCUCGCUUCAUCUUCUUCUAUCGUUCAAGAAGUUGAAGAAGAUAGAGGAACAAGAGAAAUCAAAGGAAAUGAAAUCAUAGAGGAGGAAUUAGAGGUGGAGGCAAAGGAGACACCAGAGGCAAUGAAGGACACCAUGGAUUUGGGUUCGCAAGCGAACAAGAGUUAUGGCCAUGAUUUGAAGGGAAUAUUUCAAUUUGUUUCUUUGGUUUUCAAGAAAAAGCUUCAAAAAAAUGGAGGCAGAAACAAAAGAUGA